AUGGGAAGCAGUGAAAGUGUUCCAAUUCCAGGAGGUGGGACUGAAGGAUAUCAUGUUCUUCGAGUCCAAGAAAACUCACCAGGAGCAGUAGCUGGUCUUGAACCAUUUUUCGAUUUUAUUGUAUCAAUCGGAAAUAUCAGAUUGGAUAAAGACAACGAUACGAUGAAGGAAGUUCUGAAACAGCAUAUUGACAAACCGUUGGAAAUUACUGUUUAUAAUAGUAAGUCUCAAGCCGUUCGUCAAACAAGUAUUAUUCCUUCCCAAAAUUGGGGUGGUCAAGGACUUCUCGGAGUUUCGAUUCGAUUUUGCUCAUUUGAUGGAGCCAGUCAACAUGUGUGGCACAUAAUUUCUGUACAACCAAAUUCACCAGCAUCUCUUGCUGGUUUGAUCGCAGAUACCGAUUAUAUUCUCGGAGCAGAGAGUGUUCUCCACCAAGCUGAUGACUUGAUAGCUCUUGUUCAAGCAAAUGAAGGAAAACCACUAAAAUUAUAUGUUUAUAACGUGGAUACUGAUGUUGUAAGAGAGGUCUCCCUUACUCCAAACUCUGCAUGGGGAGGGGAAGGAUGUCUCGGAUGUGAUAUUGGAUACGGAUACCUUCAUCGUAUUCCAGUCUCCGUUGAUAGAUCAAAGAAUGUUCCUCAACUUCCACAAACAGCUAGUCAAUCAAGAAUUCCCGUCGGAAACCCACUUGUUGAUAAGAUUAAUACGACCAAACCACCAGCUGCUACGAAUUUCCCUGAUCCAUCACAAUUUUCUUCGUCUGUGCCGCUUCCACCAGCUCCUGCCACGUUGAUGCAAAAUCUUCCACCCCCACCACAACCUGCUUUCCUCCCGCAGCCACCAACUUCGUAUGCCCCGCCUCCAGUUUCUCAACAACCUCCACACUCCGAAUCUAACAGUCAUGGGCAUUCACACGCUGAUGGAGGUCACGGGCAUUCUCACGCUGAUGGGGGCCACGGGCAUUCACAUGAUGAUGGAGGACAUGGACAUUCUCAUGACAAUGUAGGACAUGGUCAUUCUCACGAAAACGGUCAUGGUCACUCUCACGAGCACUCACCAUCACCAGCGCCUGCAGUUCCUGUUUCUGCUCCAACCCCAGUUCCGGCCUACCCUCAACAAUAUCAGGAACAAGUGAAACCUGCUGCGGAUUACUAUCAACAACAACAACAACAUCAGCAACCACAACAACCUCAACAUCAGCAACAAUAUCAACCUCCUCAUCCACCUUCAUACCAAUCAUAUCAGCCUCCAACUCCGGUUUCAACCCCUUACUAUCCACCACCUGCUUCAUCCUCUUCUAACACAUCUGGAUAUCAAGCGCCAUACUAUGCUCCGCCUUCAUAUCCACCACAGCAACCGUCGUAUGGAUACAAGGCACCAGAAAUUCCAUCUGGUGUUCCACCAAUGUUUUCUGCCACGUCAGCCCCGAGUCCGCCAACUUCUUAUGUGAACCCAAUUCCACCACCUGCGCCUCUCAACUUCCCGAUGCCUUCUUUGAGUUCUAUUGGAAUCACGCAGUUGGCUGCACCACCAACUUCAUCUUCUGCAUCCGGACCAACCUCCUAUCAACCUCCUCAAUUCCCACAAUACGGAGGUUAUCCACAAGCCCCUCCACAGUCGCAGAACUAA